AUGGGCAACUGCUGCGGCACCCGGGGCGCUACUGGCCCCACUCGUGGCGUGCAGCCACGGCUUGGGGACCCCGGCUACGAGGCUCCUGGCGCCAGCCACGGGCUCGCGGGCAGGGGAGCAUCCCGGCCCCCGGCGCCGCUCGGCGCCCUUGUGUCCCGCAGGAGCCCCCAGCUCCUGCUCUGCGACCGGGUGCAGGUGACGCGGCACCAGCAGACGAGGGACAGGGACCUCCUGCUCUUCCCAAACACCAUCGCCGUCGCCAGCUUCAGGUGGGGCUCCACCUUCCUCCUGAAGCACCGGGUGCCCCUCAGCGAGCUCUGGGUGCUGUGUGGGGAGGAUGAGGCGGCGUGCGGGCGGGAAGACGAGGAGGUUUUUGGCCUGAAAUGUGCCAACAGCCUCGUCCUCGUGUGGCCGGGAGACGUCUGCGUGGUCACUUUCCGGCGAAGCGGAGGAGCCCAGGAGACCCGCGUCACCCGCCUGGCCUCCCUGCGGUUCCUGGUGAAGGUCGUUGGCUUCUACUGCCCCUCGGCGUUGCUGAGCGCCCGGACCGUCGAGGUGCUGAUUUCGGCGGAGGCGGCCACCGAGCAAUGCCCAGUCUUGGCCCCAUCGGCUCCUGAGGAGGGACUUUGCCACUCUCCUGCAGAUGGGACUAAGAAAAGGAAGAGGCUGAUCCCGUGGCCGUUCGCUCGGAGGCGAGCCUCGGCCAGUGGGGCCUGUCCAGAGCAACCAGACUCUGGCCUCAAGAGCCCCCUGUUUGGGCAGCCUCUGGGCAGUCUUUGUGGGGAAGAGGAGACCCUGCCCCAGCCGGUCCAGGAUCUCCUGGCCAUAUUGUACAGGGAAGGGCCUGCCACUGAGGGGAUAUUCCGCAAGGCUGCCAGUGAGAAAGCGCGCAGGGAACUGAAGGAGGCCCUCGACAAAGGGGGCACCGUUGACUUGGACAGCAAACCUGUGCACCUCUUGGCUGUCAUCUUGAAGGACUUCCUGCGCAAUAUCCCUUCCCAACUCCUGUCGGCAGCCCUGUUUGAGAAGUGGAUGCUGGCUCUUGAAAAGCCAAGCAGGCAAGAAAAGAUUGAAGAAUUGAAAGAGGUGGCUGACCAACUGCCACGGCCAAAUAUCCUCUUGCUCAAGCCCUUGCUUGCUGUGCUCCACCACAUAAGCCAAAAUGCAGAGACCAGCAGGAUGGACUCCAGCAACCUUGCCAUCUGCAUAGGGCCCAACGUGCUGAGCCCAGGCACAGACAGCACGCUGCCGCUGCAAGUGCAAAUGGAGAUGAAUGGCAAGGUGAAGUCACUGGUGGAGUUUCUUAUUGACAACUGCACAGCAAUAUUUGGGGAGGACUUGGCCUUGCCUGGCAGCCCCUCUGCUGAAGACUGCCCCGAGCACACCGGCAGCUCCGCAGGGCACCCAGGAGCUGCUCAGGAGGAUGCUUCUGCCCAAGACAAGCCAGGGCCUGAAGCUGGAUGUGACUCCCUAACCUCUGAGAUGCAGCAGCCCAGUGGGAGAAGCCCCGGUGGGAGCAGAGCAUAUGCAACAUGUGUCUCUGCCCCUCCGGUGCCUCAUUUGCAAAGUGACAUCAGCACAAUGCGUAGGAGCAUCUCAGAGCCAGCUCUGUCCUUUGAGGACCCCUCAGAGGGCAGCAGAAGGCACCAGAAACGGAGCAGGAGCGUGGACAGUGUUGCUGCUGUGCAGCAACAGGUGAGCUUGGCGAGGGAGGCACUGGGAGAGCAGCCUGCCAUCGUGCCCACACAAUUAUCAGAGGGCGCUCCACCCCAGACGUCCUCCAGGCGCUCCCUGCAGAGCUGCUGUCCUGCUGCCCAGGGCUCCUCCAUCAUUCCCCUGGGACCUGCUGCCAUUCCCUCUUCCUGCUUCCGGGCUGCGAGAACCAUCUGAGCAGUCACCAGCAUUCCUAUCGCAUGCCAGGCCUGGGUGAGAAGCCAUCA